CUCAUUCAAGCAACAGUCUCUUCCCGUUUUUCUUCUUUGCGAAUUAAGAUGGAACAUGAAGAAACACAGAAGAUCACAAGAAGCAGCUGGUCACCGCUUCGACCAUUUCAAAUGAUCUCCAUUAGCCUUCUUAGUCUCCUUGUCCCUCUCUCUUUCCUCUUCCUUUCACGUCUCUCUGUUUCCUCCUCCUCAGCUCCAGUCACCGUUUCCAGCGUAUUCUCGCUUCUUCACCAAGUCGACGUCGGAGUUUUAUACACAAUCUUGUCUCUUAUCAUCGUCUCCACUUUAAUCCACAAUCUCUCCGGAAAACCAGAAUGCUCUGUUCUCCAUUCCCAUCUCUACAUCUGCUGGAUCGUUCUCUUCAUCGUCCAAGCUUGUGUCGCCUUCGGAAUAGAAGGAACCAUGAGCACGACCAUGUCUAUAACUACAGACAAAAGCUUUUCUCUUGCUGCUCAAGAAAGGUGGGUUUUGGUUAGGGUUAUGUUCUUUUUGGGCCUACACGAAGUGAUGCUGAUGUGGUUUAGAGUAGUGGUUAAGCCGGUGGUCGACGACACUGUUUUCGGGGUUUACAUGGAGGAGGAGAGAUGGUCGGAGAGAGCCGUCGUGGCUGUGACUUUUGGUCUAAUGUGGUGGUGGAGGCUAAGAGAUGAGGUAGAAAGUCUGGUGGUGGUUGCAGAGGUUAAACGUAGCCUUCUGAUACAUUUGGAGGGUCUCGAUUUUGUGAACUGGUGGAUGUAUUACAUCAGUGUUGGAAUUGGUUUCGUGAAGAUUUUCAAAGGGUUCUUGUAUGUUGUGAAUAUGUUAAUCUUGACCAUUAAGAGGUCCAGAAAAGGCUGUGAAUCGUGUGUUGUUGAUGAUAUGUCUCCUGUCACCGUCUCCGGCGUAUUCUCUGUUCUUCACCAGGCCGAUGUCGCAGUCUUAUACACGAUCUUGUUUCUCAUCAUCGUCUUCACUUUAUUCCACAGUCUCUUAGGUAAACCAGAAUGCUCUGUUCUCCAUUCCCAUCUCUACAUCUGCUGGAUCGUUCUCUUCAUCGCCCAAGCUUGUGCCUUCGGAAUCAAAAGAACCAUGAGCACGACCAUGUCUAUAAAUCCAGACAAAAACUUGUUUCUUGCGACACAUGAAAGAUGUGUGCUGGUUAGGGUUUUGUUCUUUUUGGGGCUACACGAAGUGAUGCUGAUGUGGUUUAGAGUCGUGGUUAAGCCUGUGGUUGACAAAACUAUAUAUGGGGUUUACGUGGAAGAGAGGUGGUCCGAGAGAGCCGUUGUGGCACUGACCUUUGGUCUAAUGUGGUGGUGGAGGCUAAGAGAUGAGGUAGAAAGUCUUCUUGUGGUGGUUACAGAGGAUAAACGUAACCUCCCCAUUCGUUUGGAGGGUCUCAAUUUUGUGAACUGGUGUAUGUAUUACAUCUGUGUUGGAAUUGGUUUGGACAACCAUGAGGACGAUGGUGAGGAUUUGCCACCCGAAAUAAAUCAGAUAAAAGAGCAAAUCGAAGAGGAGAGAUUUCAGCAUAUCAAGAAAACAUUCGAGCUGAGAUGCAUUCCAAGUGUAGCUGCUCAUGCUUCACACCAUCAAUCGUUUGACUUAAACCAGCCCCUUGCAGAGGAUGAUAAUGAAGGAGACAACAAAACACUUCUUUCUAGAAUGCAAAACCCACUUCAUCAUUUCAGUGCCUUAUCUGAUUCUGAUACUUACGAAGAUCAAGAAUUGAGCAGCGAAGAAGAUGAAGAAGAUGAAGAAGAAGACGAGGAAGAAAUCAAGAAAGAAAAAUGCGAAUUUUCCAAAGAUGUAGACCGGUUUAUAUGGACGGUUGGGCAGGAUUAUGGUUUGGAUGAUCUGGUCGUGCAGCGUGCUCUCGCCAAGUUCCUUGAAGUGGAAGUUUCCGAUAUAUUGGAAAGAUACAAUGAGCUCAAGCUUAAGAAUGAUGAAACUGUUGGUGAGGCUUCUGAUAUGACAUCCAAGACAAUAACUACUGCUUUUCAGGAUUUUGCUGAUAGACGUCAUUGCCGCCGUUGCUUGAUAUUUGAUUGUCAUAUGCAUGAGAAGUUUGAGCCCGAGUUUAGACCCACCGAAGACAAAUCUGGUUUGUUUGAGAAUGAAGAUAGACAACCAUGCAGUGAGCAUUGUUACCUCAAGGUGAGGAGUGUGACAGAAGCUGAUCAUGCGGUAGAUAAUGAUAACUCUAUAUCAAACAAGAAUGUGGUCUCAGAUCCAAACACAACUAUGUGGACGCCUGUGGAGAAGGAUCUUUACUUGAAAGGAGUUCAAAUCUUUGGGAGAAACAGUUGUGUUAUUACCUUAAACAUACUUCGGGGGCUUAAGACUUGUCUAGAGGUUUACAAUUACAUGCUUGAACAAGAUCAAUGUGCCCCAAGGAUUGCAACAAUCGCUUUGGAGGAUGUUAUUGUGCAAUUGGCCAAUGCACAAACCGACAAUGUCCUUGUUUUGCUGCUAAUCGUGAAUGCGAUCCAGAUCUAUGUCGGAGUUGUCCUCUUAGAUGGCUCUCUUGGUGAGCCAUCAGAGCAAAUACAAUGCAAGAACAUGCAUUUCCUCCUUAAAAAAAAUAAGAAGAUUCUCAUUGGAAAGUCUAGUGUUCAUGGAUGGGGUGCAUUUACACCGGACUCUCUUAAAAAGAAUGAGUUUCUCGGAGAAUAUACUGGAGAACUGAUCACUCAUGAGGAAGCAAAUGAGCGUGGGAGAGUAGAAGAUCGGAUUGGUUCUUCCUACCUCUUUACCUUGAAUGAUCAGCUCGAAAUCGAUGCUCGCCGUUAUGGAAACAAGUUCAAAUUUCUCAAUCACUCAGCAAGACCUAACUGCUACGCCAAGUUGAUGAUUGUGAGAGGAGAUCAGAGGAUUGGUCUAUUUGCAGAGAGAGCAAUCGAACAAAAUGAGGAGCUUUUCUUCGACUACUGCUAUGGACCAGAACAUGCGGUUUGGUCUCGUGGUCGACAACCUAGAAAGACUGGUGCUUCUAAAAGGUCUAAGCAAUCCCGUCCAUCUAGAUAGAUUUGGAUCUGAGGAGAAGCAGCAAUUCAAGCAGUCGUUUUUUAAAGUUAUGGUAAUAUCAAUAAAUAAUGUAAUGCUAU